GACGUACGUGCGUGCGUGACCUGGUCAAGCUUGUGCGUCUGUCACAGAGCGAAAGAGCGAUACUCGCGCUCAUCUUGCGUCGAAUGAAAUUCUCAUCUGAAGUUUGUCCGGCUGAUCUUCUAUCUGGACUUUAGAGAUGAAGAAGGCACAAUCGCUCCUUUUCCAAGCGUUGAUCGCGCAUGGCAUUUGGGCUUCUCUUGAAUUGCUGUCCGAGGGCUGUCAGGCACACUGGCGGCUCAACAACCAACAUUGUUACUACUUUGCCAAGGACUCCAAAUCUUGGGACGAUGCCAAACACUACUGUUCAUCCAAUGGGGGGCACCUGUUGAUAAUCCGGAGCAGCGCAGAGAGGGACUGGUUGAAACCACAACUCGUUGGCUUUCCCCACUGGAUCGGCCUGACGAACCUAAACGUCAAAAGCGCGUGGAAGUGGAUUGACGGAACUCCUUUGAAAUCAGAACUAGUCCUCUGGGCUGCAGGUGAGCCUAACAACGCCCUCCAAAAUGAACACUGUGUUGAGAUAUAUGGUGGGGGACGUCGAGGUCACUUGAACGACCUCUACUGCACCUCCCUUCGACGAUACAUCUGCAAGCGAUGCCAAGAUAGCGAUGAGAUGAUGUACAACGGCAUUAAAGGCACUUGCAACCUCCAAGUGGAUGUGUACCAGGAAGUUUCCGAAGUGCUGUUCAAAGAGCGCCUAUACGCGGGCUGCAUCAUCGUCAUCAGAGGAAAAGUGAAGCCGAACCCAACCAAGUUUAUCGUCCACCUAUCUUUGGGCCACGGUAAAGACACCCCGUUGCGCAUCGAAGUUGAUUUCAAAGAUGGGGACCUUGAGCUAUUGACCCGUAUCGGUAGUCAUAUUGAUGGAAAGUAUGUCAACAAGGUCGUCAAGAAGGACUCCUUCCCCUUCGCAGCCGAAAGCGACUUUGAGAUGACCAUCGAGUGCGGCCACGACGUUUUCCGCUUGGCUGUCGGCAACGACUUCGAGGUGGAAUACGAGAAUGAUGGUUAUGAUCUGCAAGAUAUCCACAGGCUGUUGGUGGAGGACGAUGUGACAGUCAUUGCCGUCAGGCUGAUUUGAGGCUGCCAGCGCAGUAAAAUGGGAGGUGCUGCUUCUUCUCCGGAUGUUGACGCCAUGACGGCUCUUAACUAGGGUGACCACCGGAGGUGAAAAUGGCAAAAAUGUAUUGCUGGAACUCCCUGACAUGAAGGUCACCACAGAGCCAGAACUUUUUAUUUUUAUUUUUACACACAUAAAAAUAAAAUGGUAUUACACAUGCUUUUGGCUACUGCAUUACACAUACUAUCACAAGGUAAACAUGAGAAGUUGAUUUUCAUUCAAAAUUGUAUUUUUUAAUGUAACAGUUAAUAAAAUAGCAGUAACCCCAACCUCUAUCUCCUAAUCUU